UGCGGACCAGCAGCUGUAGCAAGCCGCCUCCACCGCGUGUAAUGACUCGAACGUGAUGGACAUUUACUCCUUAAUCCUGGAGAACCUCAAACAGGGUUUUUGGGUGCUGUGAAGGCAACUGGGCACAACACCAGAAUAUCAGAAGCAGUUGAUAACCAAGAGGCCAGAGAAGCUCACAGCACAAUCCAGAGAAGCAGAUUGCUCACUGGGGUUGCAGGCAACUGCUUUCCCACCGAGAUGCUUUCUACAAACUCAAGGCAGCCCAGAGGGGAAGCAUCAGAUCCACUUUCAGGAUGAGGAGAGUAUGGCCCAGGAAGGCAUGGUUGGCCACCGUCACACAGCUGCUGAGACAUGGAACUGGGCUCCCUCUCAGAAUCCGGCAGCUAAAUGGCACCUGUGUUGGCUCAGUGGACUUGGAGCUCUUCCUCCAUUAUUCUCUCAUCCCAUCACUCUUCAUCAUUUUGGUCUUGUCCUUUCUCCAAAAACGAGAUCACCGUAAGCAGAGAGAUGAAACUUCCCACCUCCUGGGAAAGCGCUUUGAAAUCAUCAUACCUCUGGACUUCGUGGGCACCUUUAGUAACCGAUGGUCCUAUGGCAUCGCCUUUGGGGCCACGGCCAACAAGGUCAUGUUCUUGUUCUCAGAAGGCUACCAGCCCUUGCAGAUCCCGCAGUGGGCCCAAGCCUUUGUGCUGCUGAUUGGAGGCGUGGAAGUUGGCCUGUCCCACUUCCCCUUCUUUGCCUGCCUCUCGUCGGAGUUCCAGCUGGUCAGCUCCAUCCUCGGCUUCAGCUACUCUCUGAUCUGGUUUGCUGUCACCAUCCUUUACAUCACAGAGUGUCCCCAUGGGCAGUUUUUGGGGAGGUACGAGACAGUCAUGUUCUACUGGCCUUCACUGCUGUGCCUGGCCUUCCUGCUGGGCCGCUUCCUGCACAUGUUUGUCAAGUCUCUGAGGGUCCACCUGGGCUGGGAGCUGCCGAUGGAAGAAAAGCCUUUCCUGGAAGCUCACCAGGCAGAGCACGUCAAACGGCUCCUGAGGAAGCCCCCCCUGCAGGAGUCUAAAAAGUCCUGGUUCCAAACCAGAAUAUAUGAGUGGGACCCUUGCUUUCAGUUCCCAAGCAGAAUGAUUGGAACCAUUGUGUUGGCUUUCAUAUGCCUGUACCUUUUCAUUGUCAUUGAGUUCUGCAUGUUCGUGUUUGUGAGAGACGAGCUGGAUGUGUUUGAAGGGGAGCUGGAGAACUACAUCGCCUCCAUGAACCAGACGGGGACCCUGACCCCAGUCAUCCUGCAGGUGAAAGAGCUGAUGAGCGUCAGCAAAGGAGUCUGGCUGGUGACCAUCUUGCCCGCCUCUUUCACGUGCGUCAGCUAUCUGUUCCACAUAUUGGCCUGUUACAGAAAGCACAUGAAGAGGUUGUGGGCAGGAAAUAAGCACUUUCUUCCUUCGAAGUUCCAUAAUCCUUCCUCAGCAGAGAGUGUGGUGGCCAUUGCAAGAUACUCUGGCUGGCAAAUAGCUUAUAUUCUGUGGGGCUACCUCAUCAUCCACGUGGUACAGAGCCUAUGCGGCAUGCUGAUCAUGUACGGCCUGGUGUUGCCUAUCAUCCACAACCAGGGCCUGGAGAUGCUCCAAGGACUGGGCAUUGGGACCCUCACCAUAUCCAUCGUCUUGGGUAUCAUGAUCCUGCAGGUGUGGAUUGCCUCCAGCUUCUUCCUGCAGCCAAAGAUGAGUGCGGCUGACAAGCAGAAGCCCUUGGCACUCAACAACCGGAGAGUGUUCCACAACUUCAACUACUUUCUGUUCUUCUACAACGUGCUGCUGGGACUGGGCGCCUGCCUCUCCCGGCUGCUCAUCAGCUGCAUCCUGGGCACGUGGCUGAUCGCGCGUAUCGACAGGACCAUCAUGCAGAAUGGCUAUGAGGGGGCAGACAUGGGAUUCAAUGCCUGGAUCGGCAUGCUCUAUGUGGAUCAUUAUCACACCAACCCUGUGCUCGUCAGCUUUUGUAACAUCCUGAUCAUAGGGCACAGGGAGAGGAGGCUGCAGAGAGCCAUCAAAUACUGGUACCUAAAUCAGUCAGCAGGUCCCCGAAUCUCAACCAGGUCCAGGACGCGGUGGCUCCUGCUGCAGACCCUGGUCAACAACCCCAGACUAGUCAUGCUCAGAAAAUCAAGACCAGGUCACGGCUCUCGGGAGUUUACCCAGAUUCUGUUGACAUGCUGACGGUAACCUCCAGCAUUGCUGCAAGGCCAUUCCAGGAUGACCGCCCCACGACAAGGCCCAGGCUACCCAGCCUCUGUCCCCUGCAAUGUUGAUGGGAUGCAGUCACUGUCCACUGUCCACAGCACCGGACACUCAUGGGAUGGCACCGGGGCUGAAUUGAACCAUGAAGUCUCAGGUCUAAUAAUCCACUCCCUUAGUAAAAAGAUCGAGAACUAAAGAGAAUUUCUGUUGAACAAUCUUUUCUCAAUAAUGGUUUCCCCUAUCUAUGGUUAGGAGGCAGUGUUGGGGAGUUCUAUGUGGGCAAGCAGCUUAGACCACGGGAUAGAACUUUGUAUCACUGAAGAAGUUGGUAAAAUGUCUACACCAGGAGAGCUUAACUGUUUGACACAGUUUUUCUCUGGAAGAAAAUAUGGCCUUAAUCCAACAGCAUUCUCACUGCUUCCACCUUCCCAGGCCUUCUGGUGAUAGGAGAGAAGGAGCUCCAUGUCCCCAGCCUCUGAUCUGAUAGGGUCAGCAGGCACACAGUAGGCUGUCCCUGUCAUGGCCACUGGGAUGAGGAACAGAUCAGAACUGAUCUGGCCUUGGUCACAAAAUAGAUCUACAGAUCUGACAAGGAGGGACUCCCCUGGGAAAGCUGCCUAUCUGCGGAGGCAGAGAUGUGAGUGGGCUGGCAUUUUAGUUGGGGGCAAAGGUAUGGGAGCAGGAGAGCCCCUGGCAUGUUUGAGGAGGGGAGGCCUCUGGUAUUCGCAGCGCAGGGCAUCGGGGCCUGGUUAGACCACCUGGGGAGGCCCAGAUGCCAGGCUGGGAAGCCUGGACAUUUCUCUUUGUACAACGGGCCCAGUACUUACCCCGAGUCUUUGCACCCAUGCAUAAUGUCUCUGAUGGCUCAGGACUCAUGCAGAGUGACCAAGGCCAUCAUGAAGCCUAUGCAAAUGCCAAGAGGACCUACCAACAGGGCGAGGGAGGUCCCCAUCCGUCUCACCAGUCCCAGAGCCAUUGAAAUCCAGUAAUCAUUAUUGAGCACUUACUGUAAACUUAGUCCUGUUGCUAGAUGCGUUUGCCAGACUUCUUUUAAUUUAACCUUCGCAAGCUCUAAACUCUGUCAUUCUGCUUUAGAAACUGAGACAACUGGGGUGAGAUUGUUAGGGUCCCUCACCACCACUUUUAGCUAUGUGAUGCCGGCUAUAUGACUUUGCCUUUCUGUGCUGCUUUUUCCUUACGAAUAAACAGGGCAAUGAUUGUAACACUCCAAAUUAUUUUGAGGAUAAAAUGAGUUAAUACCCACAGACACUCCUUUUUUUUUGUAGUGAUCUUUAUUUCUUUUUUUUUUUGUAUAUUUUUUAUUGGAGUUUGAUUUGCCAGCAUAUAGCACACCAGUGCUCAUCCCAUCAAGUUCCCCCCCUCAGUGCCCAUCACCCGUCACCCCAUCCCCCCGCUCACCUUCCUAUCCACUACCCCUUGUUCGUUUCCCAGAUUUAGGAGUCUCUCAUGUUCCCCACAGACACUCCUAAGCUAGUUCUUGCUACAUCCUACACUCAAUAAA